UUCUCACUAUGGUGAAGCAUCGCGUCAGAACUGUUGCUUUUGCUGUUCAUUGUGCUCCUGCUAACCAACACGUGUUAUCAUUUUGCUAACCAAAUAACUAUCAAAUAUUAAUAUUUUGAUAGUGUAGACUACAGUAAAUUAUCAGAUUCCAUUAAAUUUAUAUGGAUGUCGUGGCAACGACUUACCUGAUGUAUGUUCGCCGCAGUAAGUUAACGGUGGUAGAAGCAACAGCAGCGGUAGCUGUCGGCGGAGAGGAGAAGCUGCGCUUACCUGUUGCGACAGCAGUGAGGCGAGCAUGCCCGACUAUAAACGCAUGACUCACCGACGACAUCGGGCGCGCCGCCGACAAAGCACACAAAGCUACUACUAUACAUGGUCGUUAAAAAAAACCAUAAUCGAAAUUCCUUCUAGUCCUCUUAUCGACAAUCAUGCUUAGUCCAAAAAUGCAAAGAAAUGUGAGAGUGAAUGAAUCCCAGCUGGUGAUGCUUUCGGAAAAAGCCCAGUUCGAUCACACGGUAGCCGGAUAUUUGCAUAAGCGCACUGCCGACUCGACUAAGUGGCAGAUUCGCUAUUUUGUACUCUAUCAGAAUUUGCUUUUUUACUACGAAAAUGAAGCUUGCAUUCGACCUAGUGGGGUCAUAUUGCUGGAGGGAUGUUACUGUGACCGUUUAAUCACAGCAAAGGGCAAAGAUCCCGAUAAACAGAUGUGUUUCGCUAUAUCGUACAGAAGGGAAAAUCAGCGCCAGUAUGAACUAAAAUCACCGACACAAGCAGAUUGUAAUAUGUGGAUAGAAGCAAUAAGAGAAGCUAGCUUUAACAAAAUGCUUCUUCAGAAAGAAGAACUUCAACAAAAGCAUUUACAUCUGCUACAAAUUAUUGAAAGUGAGAAAACAGCAAAAUGGCAGUAUACGCAACAGUGUGAAGAGCUUACGUCCGAGAUCAAGAAACUUCGUACUGAGUUGUGUGCUCUAAAGAAAGAACUUCGCCCAAACAUAACAGGUGCCUAUGCAAAUCAUGGAAAUUUUCAAAAAAGAAGAACAAGUUGCAAUAACAAUCCAAGUUUGUUAGGAGGACAUCUGGAUUCAAGCUUUAACUUUGUGGGCGAAGAUCAUCACACUGGAUUCAGAGAUAUUGAAGAAGGAAGCAUCGAAAUGCAGAAAAUUAAAAAAGUACAAAGCUUUUUUCGGGGCUGGUUAUGCAGACGUCGAUGGAAGCAAAUCGUCGAACAAUACAUUAAAAGCCCACAUGCUGAAAGCAUGAGAAAAAGAAAUAGCUUAGUAUUUAAAAUGGUGGAAGCGGAAGAGGAAUAUACGGAACAAAUGGAAGUACUAGUCAGUUGUUUUUUAAGGCCAUUGAAAAUGGCAGCAAGCUCAAAAAAUCCUCCGUGCAGUCAUGAGGAUGUUAAUAGUAUUUUCUUAAAUAGCGAGACUGUAUUAUUUCUGCAUCAAAUUUUUCUUAAAGGUUUAACUUCACGAAUGGAAAGUUGGCCAACCUUAGUUUUAGGUGAUUUAUUUGAUAUGCUACUCCCAAUGCUAUCAAUUUAUCAAGAGUACGUAAGAAACCAUCAUUACAGUCUUCAAGUACUCACCGAGUGCAAACAAUCGUCGUUGUUUGCCGCGUUAUUGAGUAGACUGGAAAACAAAAGUGCUUGUCAUGGCAGAUCUAUUGAAAAUUUUCUUAUGUAUCCCAUGCACCAGAUUCCGCGUUACAUUAUUACACUACAUGAAUUACUGGCCCACACACCACAUGACCACGUAGAAAGAAAAAGUCUUCAAAAUGCUCGCCAACAACUUGAAGAUCUUUCCAGACAAAUGCAUGACGAGGUUAGUGAAACAGAAAAUUUACGUAAAAAUUUAGCUGUGGAAAGAAUGAUUGUUGAGGGCUGUGACAUUUUACUGGACGUUAAUCAAGUUUUUGUACGGCAAGGUACUCUUAUUCAAAUAAUUGAUAAACCAAGGAGAGCACGUAGCCGUUUGAGUGCUACCUUCGGUGUGAAAACCGGAGAGAAAGAGGCACUCAGACAAUGUUUUCUUUUUUCUAAUCAUCUAAUACUGACUACUCGCCAAUCAGAUGAUGACGGUCGUCUGAAUCUAAUUCCACAGAUCGGUAGAAUACCACUUUCUGAUGCUGUUUUGAUAGAAGAUCCAAACGAACAAAAUAUUUCCGAUGACGAUGCAUUAUCGAUAUGUUCUAUGUCAAGUGGGAUCAGUGAAAGUAGCGCUGCUGGAAGUAAUAUGCCAGCUACUACUUUGCCUGUACAGCUUCAAAAUCGUGAUUUUAAAAUUAUAUAUGAUUUAAAAAUAGGCGGAGAAAAUCGUCAAAUUAUUAUACAUCUUGUCGCACCGACAAUGCAGGAAAAAGCAGCUUGGAUAAGUGAUAUAAGCCAAUGCAUGGACAAUGUACAUUUUAAUGACUUAUUGCAUGGCUCUUUAUCUGACGCGAGCUCUGUAACAAUGCCACAAUCAAUAAGAAAUGACCCUAAGCUAUUCAAAGAUGACGUAGAUAUUCGUUUUAGUCGAACCCUCAAUUCAUGCAAAGUACCACAAAUACGAUACGCAACGCCUGACCGCCUGUUGCAACGAUUAACUGACUUGCGCUUUCUUAGUAUUGAUUUUCUUAACACAUUUUUGUUGACUUAUCGCGUCUUUACCGAUGGAGUUACUGUAUUAGAGGCUUUGAAAAAAGUUUUCUAUGAUGCAGAACCACCAGAUGCACAGAUGCCAGCUGGUUCUCUUGCAUCAUUAGAUGUAUCUGGUUUGAAUACGGAAGAACCUUUACAAUUUUUAGAUAGUAGACGACGAAGCAGCUCAUUUCCACGACGUACAAGUGGUGCUAGUUCAGUAUCAGGGUAUGGCUCAGAAAUAAGCGAUAGUAGAGAAAUAGGAAGCAACAGUGCUAAUGAAUCCAUUACAAGUACUUUUGUAUACAAUACAAAACCACACUGGCGUACUACCUACAAAAAACAAGAAGAUCAGCAAUUAGGAUUAAUAUCCGAAGCACCUACAAAUAUGAAUCAAAAUUCGAAUACUCAGAUGUACAGUUCUCAAUCAGACAAGCAAUUAUCUUCUAGUUCUCAAAAAGUUAAUAGUAAAAUAAGUAAUAAUAAUAAUUCAGCAGACGAUGGCUGUCAUUUAACCAUUCCUAAAGUCAUUGCAGUUUCAUCAAGUGCAGAAACACUUACAGAUAGGACACUAUUUAGUGCACCUUCAUCUCCAAGCAAUCUCAGCUCCAUAACUUUGGUCGGAUCAACUGGAUCUGGCUCUGACUCUGGAUCAGAUAAAAGUCCUCAAGAUGCAAGAGAAAUUAUCUGUUCUCGAAAUAUCUCUAAGGAGAUGAAUUAUACUUCAGUAGCGACUGAGAAUAAAAUAAAAGAUGAAGUUCAAGUGAAAUAUGAAGAGCUCUCUACCUCACCAAAAUUAGAGAAACUCAAUCAUGCACUAGAAAACCAAAUCAAUCGUUUUGUAUUCAGGAAACGAUUGGAGUCUGACAAAGAAGAUUAUAGUUGGACUGAUGAUGAAUCCACGGCGAAUAUGGAAUCUUAUCACUCUACAUUACAUAGAUAUAAUAAUCGCACUUAUCGUCACAAUUCUGAUCACAGGGCAUCUAUAGCUUCUGCGCCGCCAUCUACUGUGAAAAGUGGUUCCAUAUCAACUAAUUACUGGAUAAGUAGACGCUUAAUUCAAGAUUCUGAAAUGACUCCAAGUGGUCAACAUGGUUUAUAUCAGCAUGAUGUACUCCAACCUUCAAGUAAAGCCGGCGUUGUUAUCACUAGCUUUCGUCAAAGUCAUAGAAGUUUUGGAUCUGAAUCGAUUUGGAGUAGUACAUCAACAGCAGCAACAGCUUUUGCCAUUGCUACAUCUGCUUCAAGUAAUCCUCCAGACAGAGUACCUGGUCAAUACGAAGAUAACCAUAAAGGUAUUUAUCGUGAUAAAAAUCGACGAAAAGAAUCAGUUAUAUCAACAGCAGCAACUAUGCGUGUCUUGAAUGUAUUACGACACUGGGUAUCCAAACAUGCGCAAGACUUUGAAUUAGAUUAUAAAUUGAAAAAUUUGACAGUCGAGUUUCUUGAAGAUAUAAUUUACAGCCCAAAUUUGUUACCAGCAGAACAUAAAGCUGCAAGUCAGCUUUUAAGAUUAAUAACAAAAGAGGAAGUUGAUAUUAAUAAAGUUGAAUUAACAAAGCUCUUAACACCAUCUACGAUACCAAGCAAAGAAAGAAUUGAAACAUUAUCAGCUCUCGAAGUAGCUGAGCAAAUGACUUAUUUAGAUCAUCAAAUUUUUAUAUCCAUUGCUAGCGAAGAAUUUUUGGGUCAAGCUUGGAUAAAGUGUGACAAAACUACAAGAGCUCCGCAUAUCACGCUUAUGACUAAAAGAUUCAAUGAAAUAUCGCAACUAGUUGUUUCUGAAAUUGUGCGCAGAUCAAACAUGCAAGCCCGUGUUUCUAUCAUAGAAAAAUGGGCAGCAGUUGCUGAUAUAAGUAAAGUUCUUCAUAAUUAUAAUGGCGUAUUACAGAUCUGCGCUGCUUUUACUAACAGCAGUGUUUAUCGACUCAAAAAAACUUGGGAAAAAGUAUCUAAAACGACUAAACAAACAAUAGAAAGGUUACAAGCUAUUGUUUCAUCAGAACAUAGAUUUAGAAAUUUAAGAGAUGCAUUGCAUCGCUGUGAUCCACCAUGUAUUCCAUACCUUGGUUUAUAUCUGACAGAUCUUUCAUUUAUAGAAGAAGGUACACCUAAUUUUACGGAUGAUGGUCUACUCAACUUUUCUAAAAUGAGAAUGAUUGCACAUGUGAUACGAGAAAUUCGUCAUUUUCAACAGACUCCUUAUAAAAUAGAACAUAAUCCUAGAGUUACAAACUAUCUACUAGACCCUUCCAUUUUACUUGAUGAAGAAGAUCUUUACAGGAUGUCCUUGGAAAUUGAGCCACGGACAUCAAGACUGAGUAGUGCAGCCUUAAUAGGCCUGCCAUCAAAUAUAGGUGCAACUCUGAAAAAAGAUAAUUAAAGAAACGUCCAAGCAAAAUGAGAUAACACUGUAUCAAUUUUUUGUCGAAAAUUUUUGAAAGAUAAACACUGAUUUAAAAAGUGAAUAACUAACUUUUUCUUGUAAAAGUAUUCAAUAUUUUCAAUAAUUGUAAUAGUUGAAUUAGAUGGAUACUGGACGCGAUGUAUUGUUUUAAUAAUUAAUAACUAUAAGCUCGUUAUGAUAUGAAAUUUAUAUUAUAACGGAAAUUGAAAUUUCUGCAAAAUGUUAAUGAUGAAAUAAAAAAUAUAAAAAUGUAA